AUGGAAAACAUGAUACUGAGAGGUGAAUUGGCAGACUACCUCACAACAAAGGAGUACGUGAAGCCUCGGGAGGUCAAUCCUCGUAAGGUCGAAGGUAAUCAAGUGAAGGUCAUCCAUGCAAUACAUGAAAGAUCGGAGGAUAAUCAAGAGUCAGAGGAGGUAUAUUGGUCCCAAUUGAGAACAGCCCAUAAGCUAAGAAGGUUAUCCUCGAUAAACGUUAUCGCUUCAGGAAGCGUCAACAUUGGGUUCGGCAAUGGAGAUCUAUCCAGAGUUCAACUCCCUUACGAGGAUCUGUUGAUCAUCAGUCUCUUGGUGGCGAAUUGUAUAAUUAAGAGGGUUUUGAUAGACCCAGGUAGCAGUGCCAACAUCAUUACAAAGGCAGUCUUUAAGCAACUAGAGAUUCCAUCAUCAUCAAUUCGGCCCACCUCCAGCCCUUUGAUGGGGUUCGAUGGCACGAAGGUGGACCCCCUUGGGGUAAUUGACCUGUCCGUGACCGCGGCAAAGAAGACAUUGAAGGAGAACUUUAUUUUAACGGAGAUCCACCCUUCCUAUAAUCUCAUUAUGGGAAGAGUCUGGAUCCACCGAAUGAACGGGGUUCCAUCUACCCUUCAUUAA